AUGAAAACGCUGACACGCGAGAUUAAGGCGACUCUGUUGGCAAUGGAGAACUCAGGUGCAAUAUCGCCAAUCGACCGACGCAUGGCGAGAGCACAAGAAACGGCCCCAGCCCGAUUCUACGGUCUCCCAAAAGUGCACAAAGAGGGCGCUCCUCUCCGGACUAUCGUAUCACUAAAGGGCACUCCAACCUACGGACUGGCAAAUUGGCUGUUCCAACGUUUCAAGUUUCUGACCUCCGAUUCGAACACAACAGUCAGCUCGUCAACGCAAUUCUUGGAGAAACUUAAAGAAGUAAGUCUCCUGCCAAGCGAUCUCAUGGUUUCCUUUGAUUUCACAUCCCUUUUUACUUCUAUCCCACAGGACCUGGCAGUCGAGACCAUCGAAUUACUUCUACGAGAGAAAUACGACGAAACGGAGAAUCGCCUCGGACACGCCCAAAUCAUCCAGCUCCUGAAGUUCUGUCGCAAGACGUACUUUACGUUCGACGGAACAAUCUCCGAGCAGGUGAAGGGAACGCCAAUGGGUUCGCCGAUUUCGGGACUCAUAGCCGAGGCGGUCCUUCAACGGCUGGAGUCGCUGGUUUUCCAACACCGCAGACCGAAAUUCUGGGCUCGGUAUGUGGAUGACACCUUUGUCGUCAUCAAACGGGAUCAGGUGCUGACACUCAAGGAACGUCUGAAUGCGGUCUUCCCGGACAUUCAAUUUACGAUGGAGAAGGAGGAGAACAAUCAGCUGGCCCUCCUGGAUGUCCUCGUCUGCCGCAAAGAUUGUGGUGGCCUAAAAACCAAAGUGUUCAGGAAAGCGACAAAUACGACGCAAAUACUGAACUUCAAUAUCAACCACCCAAUCAGUCACAAACGCAGUUGCGUAAGGGCGCUUUACCGGCGCGUUGAGACGCACUGCAGUGAAAUGGAAGGCAAGGUUGCUGAAUUACAAUAUCUUCGACGGGUAAUGAGAGCCAAUGGUUACCCGCGCAACUUUGUCAACCAGUGCAUACGAAAAGGACACCAGAGACCAAAUACAACCAGCCCCAAAUUUUGGCGGGCUCUUCCGUACGUGAAGAACGUCUCGGAAGCCAUCAGUCGUCUUCUCACUCCACUUGGAGUUGGGGUUGCACACAGGCCGGAAGUAACCAUUAGGCGCCGAGUCAUGAGGCCAAAAGACCCGCUGCCACGGCAGGACACGUCUGGAGUCAUUUACCGGAUCUGGUGUAGUUGCGGACAAAGCAAUUAUGUCGGAGAAACUGGGAGAUUACUCCGUACGCGAAUUGCAGAGCACGCAGCAGCAGUGAGGCGGGGAGACGCUAACUCUCAAGUGGCGGCACACUCGACGGGACCCGGCCAUAUUUUCGAAUUUCAAGAGGCCGAAAUCCUCGCAAGGGGUGACAGACGCGUGAGCCGCGAGCUGCUCGAGUCAUGGUUCUCAGGCCCGCAAUCCAUCAACAUGCACAAUGACCUCCCGGUACCCUAUAGCGUACAGUAG